GAGGGUCAGUACAGUGUGCUCUCAAAAGAGAAGGGGGAGGACCUACAUGCUAAAUAUUUAAGAUGCUCAGCUCGAGGAGGGCUUCACUUUGGGAAUAGCCAGCCUAGGUGAGCCAUCCAAGGAGAGCUUCCACUUCAAAGAAUUCUUUGCAACUUUUAAGGACUGAAAAAGAGAGACAAUGAAAUUUUAUUUAAUCCUGGAGGUUACGUUGCUUCUUAUAGCCGUAACAUGGGCACAGAAUCCCAAAAAGAAAUUGCUUCUCCCAAAACCAUCCAAAGCCCAAUGCUGCGAUGAGGUACGCUCGCUAAAGGUCCAAGUGGCCAACCUGACCAGUCUGGUGGAGGAGCUGAGCCGCAAACAGGAGACAGACCUGAUGAACGUGGUGAGGCAGAUCAUGGACCUGGACCAGCAGAACCGACAGCAGGAGGCCCGCGUCACUGAGGCCGAGAGCAAGUACUCAGAGAUCAAUAACAGAGUGGAAAUCAUGCAGCUACAGACGCUACAGUCCGCCCCGCAGACCUCCUCAGAUGCCAUAUACGACUGUGCUUCACUCUAUACCAAGAACUACAGGAUCUCUGGGGAGUAUAAACUGCCUAAAGACGACUUUCUGGGAACACCUGAUCUUAAUGUUUACUGUGAUAUGGAAACAAAGGGAGGUGGCUGGACGGUCAUUCAAAGGCGUAAGAUCGGCCUGACUUCUUUUAACCGAGACUGGAAACAGUACAAGCACGGUUUCGGGUCCAUCCGUGGGGACUUCUGGCUGGGCAAUGAGCACAUCUACCGUCUUACCAGGCAGCCCAGUGUGCUGAGGAUCGAGCUGGAGGACUGGGAAGGGGAGAGCCGCUUUGCAGAGUACAGCUUUUUCACUCUGGCUAAUGAGCUCAACAGCUACAAGCUCUUCAUUGCCAACUACAGUGGCAAUGCCGGCAACUCACUGCGCUACCACAACAACACCAACUUCAGCACCAUGAACAAGGACAACGACAAAUGUGUGGACGACUGUGCCGCACUGCGCAAAGGUGGCUACUGGUACAACUGCUGCACCGACUCCAACCUGAACGGAGUGUUUUAUCGCCAUGGUGAGCACACAAGGAGUUCAGAUGGGAUCACAUGGUACGGCUGGCACGGCUCCAACUACUCCCUGAAGAAAGUUGAGAUCAAGAUCCGUCCCGUAGGGUUUCAACCUUAAGUGUUUCAAACGCCUCCUGAUGCCUCCUGAUUUAGUGAUGAAUGAAUGAUUUUACCAAUACUUGUGAGACCUAACUGAGGCUCCAGAGGGCAACCCAAAGAAAUGGAAGAUGUCAUGAUUGUUUUGUCAAAUGAAUGUGUCAUGUGUUUAUUUGUACAUUGUAGUUCUUUGUGUAUUUAUCACUAAAAUAUUUUAUUUUUGAAAAGCCUUGAUGGAUGCUCUUUUACCACUGUCUUGAAAGAAAAACUGGAAAUGGAAUGGAUUAAAAUGGAUGUAUGAGAGGACAUUGUUUUGUAUGAUAUACAGGCGUGUUAAUUACAUUUUAUUGUACAAUGUUAACCAUUGCUGAGAAAAAUGUCUUUUUUGUAAAAUGUGUACAGCUUUGUAAUUAUGUUGUUUAAUGUGAUAGAAAAUAAACAUAUUUUUAA